GCUGUCCUCUCUCGCGGCGCUGGCCCGGGCGGCGGCGGAGGAGGGAGAGAGGAGGUGGUGGCGACCGCGAGAGAGGAGGGGAGGACGGGGGCAGCGUCGGACUGGAGCCGAUCGGCGGUGCGAGCUGCCCGGGGCGCAGUCGUGAGCUCGCCCGCUGGGUCCCCACCCACGAGCUACACCCUGCAGUGCCCAGCUCUGCCCGCGUACGUGCCCCCGCGGGGAGCGCGCAGGGGCUGUCCCCCGAAUGACGGGCGGAAGGUUCGACUUCGACGAUGGCGGCACCUACUGCGGCGGCUGGGAGGAGGGCAAGGCGCACGGGCAUGGCAUCUGCACGGGGCCCAAGGGCCAGGGCGAGUACUCUGGCUCCUGGUCGCACGGCUUCGAGGUGGUUGGAGGCUACACCUGGCCCAGCGGCAACACCUACCAGGGCUAUUGGGCGCAGGGCAAGCGGCAUGGGCUGGGGGUGGAGACGAAGGGCAAGUGGAUGUACCGGGGGGAGUGGUCACAUGGUUUCAAGGGGCGCUACGGGGUCCGACAGAGCCUGUGCACCCCCGCCCGCUACGAGGGGACCUGGAGUAACGGGCUGCAGGACGGGUACGGCGUGGAGACCUACGGGGAUGGAGGUACCUACCAGGGCCAGUGGGCUGGAGGCAUGCGGCAUGGCUACGGUGUACGCCAGAGUGUGCCCUAUGGCAUGGCCACGGUGAUCCGCUCCCCGCUGCGCACCUCCCUGGCCUCACUGCGCAGUGAGCAGAGCAAUGGCAGCGUGCUGCAUGAAGCUGCAGCCGCAGCUGCAGAUAACCCGGCCGGCACAAGAGGUGGCUUCGUGCUCAACUUCCAUGCGGACACAGAGCUGGGCAAGAAGAAGAGUGGCCUCUUCCGUCGGGGCUCUCUUCUCGGCAGCAUGAAACUCCGCAAGUCCGAAUCCAAGUCUUCCAUCUCCAGCAAGCGCAGCUCGGUCCGCAGUGAUGCAGCCAUGAGCAGAAUCAGUUCUAGCGAUGCCAACUCCACCAUCAGCUUCGGUGACGUGGACUGUGACUUUUGCCCUGUGGAAGAUCAUGUGGAUGCCACCACCACGGAAACCUACAUGGGCGAGUGGAAAAACGAUAAGCGCAAUGGCUUCGGCAUCAGCGAACGCUCCAACGGCAUGAAGUACGAAGGCGAGUGGGCCAAUAACAAGAGGCAUGGGUACGGCUGCACUGUGUUUCCCGACGGCUCUAAGGAAGAGGGGAAAUACAAAAAUAAUAUCCUGGUCCGUGGAAUAAGGAAGCAGCUUAUACCAAUAAGAAAUACAAAAACUAGGGAGAAGGUGGAUAGAGCCAUUGAAGGUGCACAAAGGGCAGCGGCCAUGGCCAGAACCAAAGUGGAAAUAGCAAACUCAAGGACUGCACAUGCCAGAGCAAAAGCUGAUGCUGCUGAUCAAGCUGCAGUGGCUGCUCGCCAGGAGUGCGACAUUGCGAGAGCUGUGGCCAGAGAGCUGUCACCUGAUUUCUACCAACCAGGUCCUGAUUAUAUCAAACAAAGAUUUCAAGAGGGGGUAGAUAUUAAAGAAAAUCCAGAAGAAAAGGUCCCAGAAAAGCCUCCAUCACCAAAGGAAUCGCCUCAUUUUUAUCGCAAAGGUACAACACCCCCCAGGUCUCCCGAGGCAAGUCCCAAACAGAGCCACUCUCCCCAGCCUUCCUCCCCAAAGUCCAUGAAGAAACAGAACCCCAGCUCAGGGGCAAGACUCAGUCACGAUAAAAGGAACACGGCUGAGGAACAAGUGGUAGCCAUUGUCAAUAAGCCCUUGAUGUCAAAGGCUCCUUCAAAGGAACUGGGAGCAACCGUGUCCAAGUACUCUGGCCGCCACUAUGUCCCCAACCCCAGCAAUGGGGAGCUGCACUCUCAGUAUCACGGCUACUAUGUUAAACUGAACACGCCCCAGCAUCCUCCAGAAGACAGGGAGGAUGACAGCGGAGUUGGCCAGUCUUCCUCAGCAUUGGUACCUAGACCGUCACCUAACAAGUGGAGUCCCCCUAAAUCUGUGACAAAACCAGUUGCCAAAGAAAGCAAAACUGAGCCAAAAGCAAAGAAGUCUGAACUUGCUAUACCAAAGAAUACAGCAAGCAAUGAUACCUGCCCUCCUUUAGAAAAAGAAGCCAAUUCCGGCCCUAAUUCCAUCAUGAUUGUCCUGGUCAUGUUGUUGAAUAUUGGGUUGGCCAUUCUUUUUGUUCACUUUCUCACUUGAUUGGAAUUAGGAAAGGAACAUCAGGGUCAUUUCCAAAGUUUGGCCAUCAUGAAUAGAGCAGCAGUGAACAUGGUAGAGCAAGUGCCUCUGUGGUAAGAGGAAAUGUCCCUUGGGCACAUCCCUAAGUGUGGUAUAGCAGGAUCCCACAGAAGAUCACUUGCCAUCUUUUAAGUAAGUAUCAUGCUGAUUCCCAUAUUGACUUUCUCAGGCAAACGUAAAAAUGUGAAGAAUAUUGAGUAUUCAGCAAAAUCCAUUUUUCUCCCCCAAAAAGUAAUAAAGGCCUAUUUCAGGACUGUAUAUGUUAUAACUUCAUCAUUUAUGGCACAUGGUAGAAAAAAAUAAGUACUGGGUUCACCAUCCUGUGUAGUAAAGGCAAACACAGUGGAGAGAGAGGUCAAAAGUCAUCUAAUUUUCUCAUUUUCUAUGGGUGUUUGGAUAACCACAUCUAACUAGUACAGCAAGUGCUUAAUGGGCAAAUAGCUCCUUCUAAAGCUGAUUAAAAAAAAAGACCAAAGAGCUACCAAUGGCAUUUUAGGAGCAGCUUUAUCUCCUAUAAUCUCAGCACUCAGAGGACUAAAGUAGGAUGAUAGAACCCAAAGCCAGCUUGAGCUUCAGUAAAAUAAGAAAAAAAGUUAUAUAUCAAGUGAUUGGGUCAAAUAAAAAGUUAUAGAGGUUAGAAACAUUAAAAGUUAUCAAUUAUAUGAAAGUAUGCAAUUAUCACUAAGGUUACACUAGACACACUUUGUGUUAUCAUAUGGGAGCCAAAGGGGAAUAUGUGGUUUGAAUUAGGAUGACACACAUAGAUUUGAAUAAUUUGUCUUCAAAUGGUGGAACUGUUUGGGAGGGAUUAGGAGGUGUGGCCUUAUUACAGGAAAAGGCAUGUCAUUAGGGGUGGACUUUGAGGUUUCAGAAGCCCACAAAUUCUCUCUCUCUCUCUCUCUCUCUCUCUCUCUCUCUCUCUCUCUCUCUCUCUCUCUCACAUUUGUGGAUCAAUGUGAACCAACUCUUAGCUACUGCUUGAGUUCAAUGAAUGCCUACCUUUUGUCCAUGAUUAUCAUAGACUCUAACCCUUUGAAACUGUAAGCACAAAAUAACCUUUUUUUCUCUAAGUUGCCUUGGCCAUGGAAUCUUAUCACCAUAAUAAACAGUACUAAAACACUCUAAUUUGUGAUGAUAAAGGAUUUGGCAUAGUAUUUCACUCCUCAUGUGCACUGUGCUUUCCUCAGUAUUUCCUUACUUGGUAGUUGCAUGCAAUGAGGUUUGACAAAUAGGUCAGAUAAAUGAGACUAUUAUUUCAAAUAAAGAUAUGUAAGAUGUUGGGUAAGGGAGAUUACUCAGUGCAUAAAGUGCCACAAAAGCAUAAAAAUCUGAAUUCAAAUCCCCAGUACCCAUGCAAGCUAAGUCUAGAGAUCUAUGUCUGUAACCCACCUGGAAAUGGGAACAGAGACAGUAGAAACCUAGAGACCCCUGGCCAUCCAGUCUAGCCAAAAUGCAGAGUUCUGGGUUAAGUAAGAGAUCUUAUCUUUAAAAAAAUUAGAUGGAAAAAGUAGAAGCAACUUCAUCAUGACCUAUAGCCUCCAUGUGUUCACACAUAAGCAUGUGCACCUGCACACACACACACACACACACACACACACACACACACACUCACUCACACCACAGAUGAAAAGAGCAAAGGAGGAAGGAAGAAAGGCAGGUCAUGAUUUCAUAUAUGUUGGCAUCUGGCCAAGCAUUCAUUUUCCGUCAAGACUUCCCAUAACAUACCAGUUUCUCCAUUCUCACCAAGCUUGUGUCUCUUUUACACGACUUCUUUAUUUACAUUCCAGUUGUUGCCCUCCCCCACCUUAGUUUCUCUUCUCACAGUUCAUCAUCCCCCUUGCCUCGGAGAGGGUGCGCCCUCACUCCACAUGGCCUCCCCCUUCCCUGGGGCCUCAAAUCUCUCAAGGAUUAAGUGCAUUCUCCCACUAAGACCAGACCAGAUAGGCCUCUGCCAGGGACCUUGGACCUGCUCCUGGUUGGUAGCUCAGUCUCAGGGAGCUCCCCAAGGUCUGGGUUAGUUGAGACUACUGGUAUUCCUAUAGGCUCACUCUCCCUGUAAGCUUCUUUAAUCCUUCCCCUAAUUCAACCAUAGGGGUCCCAGACUUCAGUCAAAUGGUUUGGUAUACCUGCAUCUGUUUCAGUCAGUUGCUGGUAGGAUCUCUCAGAGGACAACCAUGCCAGGUUCCCAUCUGUAAGCACACCAUGGCAUCAGGAAUAGUGUCAGGCCUUGGUGCAACCCAUGAGAUGGAUCCCACAUUGGGCCUGGUCAUUGGACCCAAGAAUUAUUUUGAUGUCUAUGAAAUGAGAACAUGAAUGAGUUUGUUUUUUGUUUGCUUGCUUGUAAUCAAAAUUUCAUUUUACUCCUUGCAACAAGGACAUAUAUAUAUGGUCGCAUUUUAUAUAUAGGCUCAUUUUAACAAAUACCUUUUGGCUUUAGUAAUUUUUACUUUGCCAUCAAGUAUGUAUUACAUAUUUAUUUCAUGCAGUUCUACCAGCCUCUGAUCAUUAAGUAUCAAAUCUUGCCUGAAGGAAUGUCCUGUAUAUGGUAUCCUUGUAAUUUAUGGAAAUUGUGUUUCUUCACAAAGGCUAUAGUGGCAGACAAAUGCAAAGCAAAGGAUGGUCAUCAGAAGGUACAUUUGCACCUAGUGAUGCAUCUCACAUGAGAGGCUUAGGAGUGUUCAGUAAUGCUAUAGACUCCUCAGACUGAGUACACCUACUCAUUAAUGCCUAUUGCACAAACUGAGUGAUAAAACGAUAUAGCUAAAGUAUAUGAAAAAAGAGCUUGGCAAAGGUCUGUCUAGUGAUGAUGCUUGCUUAUGAGAAUGGUGAGCGGGGCCUCAGUAUUGCCAUUGAUAUGCACCAAGUAUUAACAAGCCUAGUUAUUAGAUGUAAUUGUCAUGGUUAUGAACACAGGCAAAUGGUUGUGGUUUUAAAUAAAAAUUAGAAUCUAUUUCAUCAGAUAUAGCAUGAACAAAAGAUGCUGUUAGAUCAUUUAGUGCUGUGUAACAUAGCAACCAUUCACUAAAAGCUCUACCAUCAAGAAAAUGGUUAAAAGCUAUAACUGCUACUGCUCAGUGACAGCCUAUCCAGUGUUAGCCACACCCUGUGCUUGUCUUUGCUAAUUAACAGGAAGCAAUUCUACUUAGAAAUUGUUUCAUUAUUUUAAAGAAAACCUCACAGAAGAAAAUCUACUGGAAUGUUAACUUUUACAUCAUUAAAACACCCUUUUUUUUUACUUUUACCCUAUCUCAUAUUACAUUGAAUACAACUGUAAAAACACACUCUCAAGUCAUUUUCAAACAUUAAUAAGUGUUGGAACUUCUUUGCAUCCUUUUCUGGCAUAGUUUCUAAAGAACAAGUCAGAAAACUUUCAUAUUUUUCCUCUUGUUUUUGUUUUGUAGCAGUACUGGGGAUUGAACCCAGGACCUAACACAUGCUUGACAAGGGUGCUGCUGUGAGCUGUCUUGCAGCCCUCUAUUUUGAGACAGAGUGUCAUUAUAUUGCUCAACUGGCCCUAAACUUGUCCUGUAGUCAGGGAAGGUUUGAAAUGUGCUCCUCCUACCUCAACCUUCAGAGUGCUUGCCGUUAGCCAACCACAAAGCCUGGCUUAGAGUUUUUCAUUUCUAACAGUCCCCUAGGUGAUGUGGGUGCACAGUGGUCCUCAACCUUCCCUAUGCUAUGACCCUUUAAUGCAGCUCCUCAUGUUGUGGUGAUCCCCAACCAUAAAAUCAUUUCUCAUGCUACUUCAUAACUGUAGUUUUCCUACUGUUAUGAAUAUUAAUGUAAAUAGUUUUUGGAGAUGAUAGGUUUGAGAAUGGUGCCACAACCCAAAGGGGUGCACAAGUACCAGUGAGCACCUGCCUUCAUGGACCACAACUUAGUUGCACAUAUGAUACAACAAGAAAAAGAAGGCUGAACAGCACACAUAUAUAGCAACAUAGUGUUUAAUGCUUACAGUAACUUAAUGAGCUAAUAAUUUUCUUCUGCUUGCAUAAGAGAACAUAUAACACACACCUGCCAAGUUUCACAUCCUGGAUGCACUCUAUUCUCUGUUUCAGGCAGCUUAGCUUCUGUUUUCUGGUCACUGUGUGGUUAAAACAUCAGGCACAGUUAGAACCUUUUGAAUUGCCAGACUAAGCAGGAAGGUUGAGUCUUUGGUGUUGAUGAACUAUGACAUUAACAUCUGAGGUGGUCAGUGAUACAUAUUCUGUUGGUACAUGAAUAAGUCAUUCUCAAAUACAUGUAGUAGUUUUUCUGUAGACAUUUCUCUCAAACCAGAUAGGAUGUUGGACCUCAUCCUUGUAAGAUUUGUACACUCAGAUCUUUUGCUUUUAUCACAGAGUUCUCACAUUCCUCAGCCUACACACAACUCCCUCUGUCCAUCUGUGUAGAUUUUCUCCCUUGCUUUUGACUAGUUUUUAAAGGAAAUAAAAUAUCAUUAAUGAUAACUAUGGUGUUUGCAUGUACAAAUUCCAUCACAUCCUCCUGAACUCCCUCAGUGACCACUGGCCUAGAAGAGGAAGCUCCAUUGCCAAAGAAAGACAGACACUAACAGGAAGCAAGUCUGCUUUUGUGAAAACAUCCUGCCCCUUAUAUUUGUCCACAGAUGUAUGUGGGACUUAGGAAGACAGUUCUUCAAGGAGCAAAGAUAAAUUCCCUAUCUGCAUCAGAGCCUUCUCUCUCAGGCCUGAGAUUUUUUUUUGCCACAGUCUGAUGAUAUGGGUCAUGUAUAGAGAAGGAAAUGCUCAGGGUCAGAAAACAUGCUCAUUCUCAGUAGUGGCUACAAAAAUUCAAACGAUAUUAUUAAAAUCUAAUGCAUGCCAUAUUGAUUAUAUCCUUAGCUGAAAAAAGAAAAGGCUAGGCUUGGAACUCACAUCUCUACUGAACAGUGCCAGGCCGCUUUCCUGUUCACAAGUCUCCACUCCUGUGGAGAGUCCUUUCCUCAGAGACUGUCCACUGUACCCAGUUGGUCCUCAACUCUGUUUAGCAGUCAUCUGGUUUUCUGUCUCUACCCAAAGUUGCAUUUCUAACAGAAAUUGGCAGAGACUUUAUCCCUUAUGCCCUAUUCUCUGAGACAAUGCCAUACAUAUAGCAUUAAUUAGCUGAUUAAUGCAUAAAACAACACUGUCCUUGCAUCCUCAAGAUCCUGAAAAGUAGCCAUUUUCCACAACAUGCUUUGGGACCCUACCAUCUAGCUCUGGCUUUCAUUGUCAGUGCCCCUGUGCUACAUGGAGUGGGGGUGUUGACUUAGAAGAGAGAAAGAUAUCUUGAGAUUCACAAAAGAACUAUUGAGAUGCCAUUUGCUUCCACUUUUCAAAGUUUGCGGCUACUUUAGUGCAAUUGGUUUGGAAAGCAACUUGUUCCUGUAUCUAAUAAGACCAGCAGACCAUUCACAGUAGCUGCACCAAAUGAUUUCGCAGCAUUCUAAAAAGACAUUACACUAAGCUGGUUAGACAGCAUAAUGAAUGCUAGGAGUUUAUUUCAGAGGUGAGAGAUCCUGGUUCCUUAUUUAUUUCACACUGACAACUACGGGGUGGAAAGAAAUGGGCAGACUAAAGUGGAGAGAAUUCUAUCAGAGUGUUGAGUGAUCUGCUGUGGAGAGUAAGGGAAAAGAAAGAUUCACAAGAACGGCAUUCCCUAGCCUGAGCAGCUGGACUUUCUGGUGCCCUUAACUACAGGGAGUAGGAGGGGAGGAGGAGGUGCCCUCCAGUGAACCAAAGACAUUGAAGUCAGCUUUAGACGUGGACCUGAGAUGUCUAUGAGACAUGCCAACUAGAUGGAAUGUCAUUGAAUAUACAAGAACACUGUGCAAAGGAUCCAGACAUGUACUGAAUGUAGCAUGAAUACCUGUAUUUUUAAGUGCUAUUAUUUGUUCUGCCUGUUACAAUGUAUUCUUUCUGCUCCUGUAAGCAAGUCCCUUGGUAUCUUCAUGUUGUUCCUAGCUGUUACCAACAUCCUUCUCCAGUGUCACCAGUGGAGUUUUUUUAGCUUAUUUUCAUUGCCUUUCUUUCUGUAUUUUGUUUUUUGUUUGUUUGUUUGUUUGUUUGUUUGUUAGUUUAUUUGUUUGAGAUGGGGUCUCACUUUUUAGCCCCGGCUGUCCUAGAACUCACUGUGUAGACCAAGUUGAACUCGAACUCACAGAGAUCUGCAUCGAUGCCUCUGUAUCUGAAGUGCAGUGACUAAGAAACUGUGCCACCAUGCCCAAACUUACUGCUUUUCUUAAGGAAAGAAAAAUCUAUAGUACUUACUCUUAAUAUUAUAGAGAUAUUUGAAAUUAUUAUAAUAACCUAUUUUAAUCCCUAAAGUUGAUGUCACUAAUCACAAAUGCAUGAUUUUUUCUAUUUCAUAACAAGGAAUUUGAAAAUCAAACUUCUAUGGGUGGCUAUUGAUAUUUAGCUUUUACUGAAUUGAAAAGGUUCUAGAAAGUUUUUCUUGAUAAGGUGGAGCGAGAGCAUCAAAGGACCAUCUGCUAAUCUCCAUGUGCCCCUUCCUGCUCCAGGUGGACUGGAUCAUGGUCUCCUUCCUGUACUUUUAGCUUCCUUUGCUUCUGAGCCUCCGGCUGAAGGCAGCAACACCAGUAUUUUUCAAUCGUCAUCUACUUAGAGAGAUCCUCUAACUUACCUAUAGAUAGCAGAAGAAGUUGGAAAAAGACGAAUCAGAGCUCCUUCAGGCCAUAGGAAACCAAAGGUGUCAAAAUUUCCUCUUCUCUAAUGGCCUUACAGUUUUUAUGCCCUGGAAAACAGCCACCUCCUUCAUGUGUUUGAAGAAGUCCAUUGAUCUACAAAGGAUAUCACUGGAAGGUUGCUAGAAUUUCAGCUGGUGAACUACCUCUGUAUGGCAGCAAGCCAUCACUGGGUAAUCCUGGUUCUCUUACCAGGUAAAUUACUUCCUACACUUAAUAUGAGGACAAAGAUCAUGUGAUCUAAUUCUGGUUCAACUUGGUUGGAUCUUCUGAGAUAGUUUGUUUCUUGAAUGAAAGAAAGGUAGCUAUCAGAGAAGCCAACAGUGCUAAACCAUCCUCAUGUCCAUUCAGAUUCACUCUCUCCCUUGCUUCCCUUUCCUUUUCUUUUGCCUUCUCCCAUCUUGAAUGUAGAUAUGGAACAUUAUGCUAUGACUGUGAUCUUGCAACCAAGAAGCAGCAGAUGCAACAAGUAUAAGACCAAAACCCAAGAAGACUUGAGAAGCAAAAAGUUGGGAAAAGCCUAGAUCUUUUAAUACCAGUGUUGAAUUCUUCAUGCUAAGUAAAUGUGCCAUUGCAAGUUUAAUCCCCUCUCCUUUCAAGAUAGUAGCUGUUAUUAAAAUAAAAAGUAGAAAACAAGGCUUAUCAGUCAUACUCAUGUUUAUCAUUUGUACCUACAUGAAAAAUAGUUUGAAACUGUUUAUAGCUAAUUCCUAUCUGUGCUUCAAGGAGCUAUUCUUCUAAAACACAGAAAACCCUGAAUUGACACCAUGUCAACCUAACUCCACCCUGAGCCCUCCUCCCAAGCCUAACUAGAAUGUCCCAUCUUCUGCAGGCCCAGCUCCUGCUACAACCCGACAAAUAGAAGUAACUGUACCCUAUGAACUUGAUACCAUUUCCCAAUUCCGAUAUUCAGGCCAGCCUAUCACAAAUGCUCUAUGAAUGACAGACUGUUUACCUUAUUCUUGGCAAUAAAUACAUGAAAUAGCCAUUAUCAUUCCAGAUUUUAAUAAUUAAAAACAAGUCAGACAGCAUAGAGUGGUUUGCCUAUCCAAUGGCACCCACAUAGGCCUGUACUAAGUAACUCAGCUAGAAUUUGAAACCAAAUUCUAUUUUUGAAGUCUGUCUCAUAGGGUUUGUGAGAGCUGGCUUCCCAGAUUAACAACAUUACCAGUCACUCAACCUCCAAGCAGAAACCAUUGUUCCCUCUACUCAUCACCCAUGAGCCCCUCUUUUCCAUGUCCAUUGCUCCUACCCCAGCCUAGCUUGUUAGUUGGUGGAUCUCUGACAUAGCCAAACUGGAGUCUUUGUCAGCUUCUUCUCUGCUCCAAUCAUGCUAGUAUCAGAAGUCGCCAAAGCUUUCAGGAACCGCACCCUCAACCAGCACUUUAUUCAAAGAUGCACACUGGCUUCUUUGUCACCCAUGAAGUUAGAAGAAACUGGAAACUGACCCCCAGACUCUGACAUUUUGAUACAUAGUGCUUAAUGCCUCAAGAAUGAUUGCCCUACCAUUAGGUUUCAUCCCCCUGUACAGUCUUGCCUUUUCAAUUGGCCCCGGGGACUCUGCAAGAACAUAGCACAAAGCAGACCUUGGUCAGUCCUCAUGCUCACAGGAAACUUGAGAGUAGUCUUCUCAGCCACAAGCCAGUCUAGUAGCCCUCAGAAACUCUCAGCCUGUAUCCUGUCCCUUGUACAGGAGUACUGCCUGGGGUCCCUAAGUUCAAGGGACUGUUCAGCUCUUGACAGAUCCUUGUAGAUCAGACAAGCCCCCUCUUUCAGUUUUGUGUGAGUACAGGUUCAGGCUGCUGUGCUCCGACCCAUGACAGCAUGGAGACACACUGGAGAGAUGCAGCCUUACAGUUAGUCAUUUCAUAUUCAUAAAUUGGACUGAAGAUUAACUGUUCUCACAAAAUUUGAACUAUAGAAAAUAAAUCCCAAAGGAAUGCUUGUUCUUGAGAGCUGGUCUUUUGGUUCUGCGUCUCCUCCAUCCUUUCGCUACCAGUUCUUUAUUUGUUUUCUCCCUUGGGAUGUCCUGUUUAAACCUGUCUCACUAUGUUUUGAUUUCAUGCAUAUAUGAAUUUGUUUCACUAUAGUAACCAUUUUCCCAUUAAAAAAAGGUUUCAUAACAUCAUCAUAUAAUAUACCAUAAAUACAAACUUUUAAAAACUACAGAAAAUAAUCACACAUGAAAAAUAUAUUUAUAAAUGAUAUUUUCUUACACAUCAAAAGUGGGCACAGGUGCAAGGCCCUGUGUUCCAUCAUGAGCACUGAGGAAGACAAAGGAAGAAAGUAGGCACAAUCUAAGAAGACCGAGACCACUCAAGUGUCUUUCUUAGGGUCUGAUUCUCCUCCCAUUCAACAUGGCUCUGCCUCUGUUUUCCCAUGUUCUGUUCUUCUCCCUCUUCUCAUCCUGCAGGAUACCAAAUGCAUUUAGGACAUAGAGACAUACGGCAACCUCUGCUUCAUUACAGUCUCACAUUCUACACACAUGUACUCAUACACACACACACAUUGACUUCUUAGCUCUGGCCCACCUACUGUAAAGAACAUGCCUGUUCCAAAGAAAAAUGUUGAAGGAUGGACAGAAGAUAAAGAACAAAAACAAGCCACAGAUUCUAUACAAGUACAUUAGUGAGCUACAUUCAUUCUUCCCUAAUACUAUAAAGUAACUUUGGUGGGCUAAACCACACAGGGUCAGCUUCAGUCCAGUGAUAGAAACUAAUAUCCAACUUCUCCAGUUGGAUUCUGUAUACUGCUUACUGAGGCACAUGCCCCUGACACAUCUAUGAUGGACACAUCUUGGGCCAGCACCUAAAGAAAGGAGGCAGAGGCAGAAGCAGGACAGGGUGAUCCACAAUGCAGUUCCAGUAGGAAAAUCAGUAGACCCCUUGUAGAACUUGAGCUUCUAGAGAGCCUUCAGCUUGAGCUCCAGCUAAGAGAGAGCCCAGGUUUGUAAACAGCCCUCAAUACUAUCAGCUUAGGGAUGGGCUCUGUCAGUCACCAGAGGAAGAAGGAAGUAUGGUCCUGGGUGGGGCUACUCUGUCCACAGAGGCAUUCUCAAAAGAACUGGUAGCACACUCCAAGCCCAGGAAAUAAAUUCUUCAUUGGCUAUCCAUAAUACUGCUAACUUGAAACUCCCUCCUUAGCUAAACUCACUUCCUAUGGCUGACCCCACACCACUUCCACUAACAGAACUGCACUUCCCAGGGACCUCUUAUGUCCCAGCUCUGGCCCUUCCUCUCUGAGGUCCAGCUUCUGAUACUAAGCAAAGACAACUGUGUACUUUCCAAAAGCAAGGCAACAGUGUUGUUAAUAGCACUGCCUCCCACCCCCACCUUGUCUCCCAGCAACAGUGUGAUGGAGAAAGAAGAUGAGCUCUGGACUUCAAUUGCCAGGAGAAGCCUUACCUUCUGGGGCAGCAUGCGCAUGUUGUUUAAACUCUUCCAGCCCCAAACCUCUCAACUGCAGAACAGAGACACUCUAGCUAUGUCUCUCUGGUUUGCUUAUUCAGACAGCCAACAUACCCACACCAAGGUGGCACAGUGUCCAAUAUCUCUUGUUUACAUCUUUCCUAGUCUUCAGGAUCCUGUUAAAUCCACAUUGCCAUUACAAAUGGUCCUAAGACCUUGACUACACUGAUGCCAAAGUCUAGGACCUGAUGCUUCUCCACUGGUGAAGAAAAACUACUUUCCAUCAGCAACUUCAUAGCAUGUCAGAACCUCAUUACCUUUGCUGAGGACAUCCUCAUCUCUCAGAGCCAGAUAAAACUGGACCUUCUUGGACCUGGUUCCCUGACUGCCAUUUAGAAUGCAUGCUUCCUCCUCUACACAAAGAUAUUGUACUUCUACUUCAUAUAAGAUCUUGUAUCAUCCCCCACUGUACCAUGUCUACUUGUCCAUGUCUCUGUUUUUCAGUAUUUUAAAAGGAAAAGUGAUGGUCCGGUUCAUCGUCACCCUCAUUAGCAUUGGCAUUAGGAAUAUUUUUAUAUAAAGGCAAAUAUGCAAAUACAUCUGUUGAAUAAAAUUUAUUCCAAAAUAUAUCUAUAGUUCUCUAGUUUCCUCAGAAAGCCCUCUACAGCUCUAAUUUUAUCUCCAUAAGAAUCUUCAGCGUUGUUUUGCUAAAGUUCCUUUUUACCUUGUUGAUGGGAGUUUUAUUCAAGAGACCCAGCUGGCUCAAACAUCCUGUUUGUGUUUGUCUCUUCAUGAUAUUGCAUCCAGCUCAGUCACAUGUCCUUAUAAUAAACCAGUCACUGGACUGAGGCUCACAGAAGAAGCUUGCCUGGUGGAGUCAUAGAGAUCACCAAAUGAAACUAAUGCAGCCCAUAGUUCUCCAGCCUCAGCUUUCUCAGGGAACCUAGAAAGGUGAGUGUCUGCCUUGGGCUGUGAAAAAUUUUAAGCUCACUCCUUUUUCCCUCUGGUCUCUCAACAACCCCUCCCUACCAAAAGCCAGGGAGACCUGAUGCCCACCCUACUUAGAGGUCCUAAAACUGAUCUGGAAUGCCCUCCUUCAGGAGCCUCAACAGUUCACCUGAGAAUGCGCAGUAAGGGUAUUGUGAAUAAGGCUGCUUAGUUAGGACGAUUGAUUUGAUGCUAGGUGCCACAGGAAACACAAAAGCAAACCCCCUUUCAUUAUCAUAGACAAAUGUCCUGAUUCUGGCUCCUGCCACCGGAUGAGACACAUGUGUACAGCAAAUGUUCAAAAGCAGCAAUGAGUGUUUGCUGCCUCAUCAUCUAAAGAAUCAGUGACCAAACAAUGUGCUCAUGAGGGCCUCUAGACGACACAUGCAAUUAUUGUCUAUAGCCACAAGCAGUUACAGCUCAGAUCAAUGUGUCUCAUUCCCAGAGAAGAGAUUCUUAGUGACAGGAGCCACAGCUGCCUUGAGGCAAAACCUCAUUUGAUGGUGUCUUGUUUUCAGGACAGUGUUGGUGAACAAAAGGAAACACACUAAUUAUCUUCAUUUACAAGUUUAACAAGCAGAGUUUUUCUUUUGAGGCAUCUGCUGUCCUCUUAUAAUAUUUUCACCAGGGAGGCCAUCAGGAAAGCAAGUUCGUUUGUGAUCAUCAGGAGCUAGACAGGGUUUCCACCUAGGUAGGAACCCACAUACAAGCAGGCAAAGUAACAAGCUGGGCAGAAAAGCAGGGUCCUUUUCCCUUUCCUUCCUCUUGUCUUUUCUAAGAUACUUAUCAGUUUGUACUGAACCAGCCUAUUGCUAGCUAAAGAAGAACACAGGGACCCUGCUGGGAUUAUAGGCUUGUCCCAUCAUACAUGGCUUUGCCCAGCACAAACUGUUGUCAAGUUUGAAUUGGUGAGUUGUAAAUGUUCCCUGUACAUUUCUAAGACUUACUUUGUAAGCAUUUCAUUCAGUCUGGGACUUACCUCUUCACUUUUUCUGUUGUUCUUCUUGGAAGCACAAUGGUUUUGAAUUUGAUGAAAUUAAAAUUAUUUUUGCUUUUGGUAUCAUA